AUGACAGAAUAUUCCGAUGAUCUAGUUUCACAGCAUCCAUUGUAUCUUGCAAUGUGUAAAUGUAUUGAGGAUGAACUAGAGAUGUACGAUUAUCAUGAUUUUUAUCCAGAUUGGGAAGUGAUGAAAGUUAAUUAUCGAAUUUUAAUUCAAGAAUUGUUUGGGGUGGAGAGACAUGAAUUAUCGAGUUUUCUUGAAGAUUUAAGGAGAGAUUAUAGAAAUUUUCUAACAGACUUUAGCAGGGGUUACCUACCACAGGUUAAAAGGUUGUGCAGGCUCAUUUUGUCUCUUCCUGUGUGUGAAUAUGAAAUAGAAAAUGAUAACAGCUCUUCAAGUAGUGGUAGCAAGGGAAGCUCGAAUAAUUACACUACGCAAUUUCCAGAUUUCAUAUGUGAUGAUGGUUACUUAAAAGAAUUAGAGAAUGACGAGGUUGUUCACACUGUACGAAAGAUCUUUAGUCAAACUGAGAAUAAGCAGUUGGAUAAAACUUUACUAGAUUUUGCUUUCCAUGAAUAUGAACUGAUUCCUCGCAAAGGAUUAUUAGAAGAUCCCUAUAGACAAGCAUUUCUUGGGUAUUUGAUUCAACCUAUAUGCUCAAUGUUGAGGGUUGCCUUACAUAUCGAGACAAAAGUUGAAACUGAACGACCAGCUUUGUGGUAUGAGCCGGUACCUGAUGGAAUUCACUUACAGACUCGAACUGACAUAGUUGUUAGUAGAGGUAACCUAGUGUAUUGUGUCAUAGAGACCAAAAAAUAUCCGUUAUUGCCCAAGUAUAAUGACAAUCCGCUGGACGGUAUAAUAAGCCUUUUUUCGAAGCAGAAAGAAAUAACGAAACAGCUCAUAUGUGAGAUGCUUUACUUCAAGACUGACAGGGGUAUUCUAACAGAUUCUUAUACUUCUGUAUUGGUGGAAUUAGACCUUGAUUCUUUUGAACGCAAUAUCCACAAUCUGAGACUUGUAAAAACUGACAAUGAGCCAAAGAUAAUUCCAAUCAGGUACAUGAUUCGGGACUGCCAUUCAGCCAAACCUACGUUGCGAGAAUCCCUAUUGUCGUACAUUUACAAUUCAGUUGAGGCAGAUUCGAAAAUGGCAAUCAAACAAGAAAGGGUUCAACGAUUGGAAGAACAUCUAAAACUAUCGGGAAAGACAUUGAUGAAGUCCGUUUCUAGUGAUGACAAUGAUAAUCAGUCUGAGGGCUCUGGAAGUCGGCCAAGUACAAGAGAUACCAACGUGGACACGUUGGUAUCUAUUCCUGAAGGUACAAGAAAAGAGGGAGAUGAUUUCAGAACACAAUUGAUUAAAUUAGAAUCUAUGUACUUCGAGAAGUCCUUACUAGAACUGAUUGAUGAUAGGUUUGUUGUUGCAAAGGUUUAUGAUCCACGAAACAUGAAUAGAGAUCAAUACAAAAUCUAUACUCCUGGACAAGAGAGGCAUAUACGCUAUGAAUGGUUCAAGACGGAAAAAGUAUGCUAUUCAAUCUUAUCCAAGGACACUGAGUUCAACAGUAGCUAUGUUCGUAAAGGUGUUGGUCAAACUGUGAUUACAAUGGAAAGGCUGUAUAUUGCAAAAGGAUAUUUUAACUUAUUCAGAUAUAUUGAGAGUAUCCAGUUGCCGAAGGACCGGGAGACGUAUGAGAAAGCCAAGAAGCAAUUGGAGAUAAUUCACCGGAAUGGAAUCAUACACAGAAAUAUUAAAGAAGGCAAUAUCCUCUAUUCAAAAGAAGGGCUAGUCUACAUCAUUGAUUUUUGCGCUUGCAAAACCCAAAAUCAAUACUUAUACUAG